UUUGAAAUUUGACACUUUGUGUCAUCAGCUGUUUGGCUCUCGUUUAUUUUUCUGAACAGGCGGAAAAUUAAGAAAAAAAGAUUUUUAUCAACACAAAUUGAAAGAAGUUAUGACUGAAACUAGGAUCUAAAGUUACAUUUACGCAAUGCAGAAGCUUCAACUAACGUUAGCCAUAAUAAAACCGCAUGCGGUGUCGAAUCCAGUAGUGCUAUCAUUCAUUAGAAAUAUUUUGAAAAAUAAGUUCAUCGUUGUGAAAACAAAAAGGGUAAAUCUAGAUACAGAGACUGCUUGCAGAUUUUAUCAAGAACAUGUUGGCAAGUUUUUCUAUAAUCGCCUUACUACAUUCAUGGCUAGUGGGUGCAUAGACCUGCAUGUGCUGGGGCACGUGAAUGCUAUACACCUGUGGCGGAAGAUCCUAGGGCCUACCAGCGUUUACAAGGGACAGUUUCAAGACCCUUACUGCUUGAGAGGCAUGUUUGGGAUAUCUGACACUAGGAAUGUUGCUCAUGGAUCUGAUUCUGAAGAUUCUGCUGAAAGGGAGAUCAAGUUCUUUUUCCCAGAAUUCUCCUUCUACCAUUGGCGCCUGGAUGAUGAAGAAUGGUUCCGGCGGGGUCCAAUAAUAUUCAAUGACCAUUUCUUUCAACAUGUUAAGAAGCUUUAGAUAGUAAUAGUUAUAAAAAUAACUUGCUG